AUGCUUGAACUGAAUUUUUUACGGGGUGAACAUUGGUUGAGCGAAGAAUCGAACGAUAGAGCGAUUGUAUUGAAUGAAGAUCAUGAAACAUUUGCACUAUUUCUAGAUAUCAUAUACGAGUAUCCGGUUGACCUUGCAUAUACUAAAGAAUGCGUUCGUCUCUCGCUGCUUGGACACAAAUACGAAGCUUCGCACAUCAUAGAGCGCUGUCGGGCUCAUCUACUUACCUCUUUACCCUCUGGAGCCAGCGAAAGAGACUUCUGGAUGGCAGAAACGAGUUAUGAAGACGCCUCUAUGAUACCUUCUGUUUUGCGUGCGGCCAGACUCAUCGAUAUGCCAAGGAUAAUACCUUGGGCAAUAUACGAAUUAUCGGUCCGCUCAGAGACAAAAAUUAGAUGGGCGGCCGAUAACGAACUGAUUGUCAAACCUUUCUCGAAUCACCUAAAAGCGAUACAAAAGCUUAAAUGUAAAAUUAUCCCAAGAUGGAGGAAGCUCGUUGCUCGAUUUAUGAAGGACAAGUGUGCUGCCGAGUGGUGGGUAGAGGAGGACGAUUGUUGGAGGCGGACCACAUUAGAAGAUCUAGAGAAUUCUGGGUUUAUGGUGGAGGAAGAUACGUAUGAUCCUCUCAGGGAUAUGCAUGAGGCAAUGGAGUUUAGCUGUGAAGGCCUAUGCUCGAUAUGUGCCGAUUUGUGGACAGACUAUGCCACCGCUUUUAUGGAAAGGUUUCUUGAAGAAGUUGGGUUGGUCGACGAAACCACUCCCGCUCUUAGUGCACAGCUCGCGCGGAUUGCGAUAAGUGCUACUCCUGAGUCAUUGGACGACCCCGACAUGCGAAGUCCCCCGCCCCAGCCGCAGCUUGUUCUUGCGCCUGCUCGUCAUACGACGGUGGUGACGACCACUACCACAACCACUACUACUUACCAGCCAAUCUCUCUCCCGGCGCUUCCCCCAGCCCCAUCAUCACCCAAGGAUCCAAAGCUCUAUCCCCUGCUGAAUGCACCUGUGCCCUCGCAUUUGCGUCAGUUUCCUCUGACUUUCCCUAAUGGCGCACGGGCCAUCUUCAAAGAUCCAUCGUUCGAGCCAGAUGUCGAGGCAAAACGGAGCAUACGGCAAGGUACGUAUGACGAGGAGCGUGUCGGAGGUCAAGGGUGGGAACUCUUGCGUCCCGCAGAUAGGGUACCUCUGGCCAAAGGCAAGGGCAAGGCCAGGGAAGAUGUAAUUCACCUCGCCGAAGCCGUCGACCGUUACCAAUUGGGUCGCCAAAAGCGCGUCUACGAAGGCGACAAUGAUAUGGAAGGCGUCGAGAUGGCCCAUCAGACUGUAUCACAAGCACCAUCUAUGCCCGAUCUUUCUGUCAUGGGUCUCAUCAACUCUCCCCCUCCACGCAAGAAGGCACGCGCAAGCACAAUCCCUAUUCCUCCCACAACUCAGUCCCUCGUUGCCCCACCCUCUCCUCUCCCCUCGCCAUCGGGCUCCCCUUCGUCCACUCCCAUCCAACUUGCCCCACCAACCCCGACCCCACCCAUACAGCCUGACCUCACUCUCACCACUCUCCUCGCUCUUCCUCAGCUUAUAUCCCACUUUUCGGGCCUUCCUCCAAAUUUGCAAUCACACGUUUUGCUGCAAUUGCUUCGCCAGUCGACCUUGCCAGUUUUGCGCAACGUUCAUUCCGUUUUAACCCCAGCAUUAGCGCGAGACUUUCUUACAUUGCUCCCUCCUGAGCUUACUGCCCAGAUUUUGUCGCAUCUUCCGCCCUCUGCCUUGUUUGCUGCCGCUCGAGUGUCACGCGCAUGGCGCCAGCUCAUCGACCAAGAUAUGACACUCUGGCGGGCGCUUCUCAAAGCCACCCGGACUUGGUUCGGUGGUCCUUCUGAACUCGCGUAUAUGACCCGUACCCUCGCCAUCCGUGAUCGCAAUCCAGACUUGUUUUCGGGUAGGCCACAACCUCACCCCUUUAAAUUACUCUACCGUCGUCGCGAACAAACUCGCCGCAACUGGCUCUACAACCAGCCUCGCCGACUUACCUUCGCUGCUCACGGCUCAAGCGUCGUUACAUGCUUGCUCUUCUCCCGCAACCGCAUUAUAUCUGCAUCGGAUGAUCACCAGAUCCAUGUCUACUCUCCAACCACCGGCGAAUUGCUAUUGCGCCUGGAAGGUCAUGAAGGUGGCGUAUGGGCGCUUGCUGUGAGCCCCAACUCUCCCUCUGCCCCUCAUGCUACCGAUUGUCUCGUGUCUGGCUCUACGGAUCGUACAGUUCGUAUUUGGGACCUUAGCAAUGGCAAGUGCACACACGUGUUUGGUGGCCAUACCUCGACUGUGCGCUGCCUGGCGAUUGUCAAGCCCAUGUGGAUCGAUGUGAACGGGCGCAAAGAAAAGUGGCCAAAACGUACUCUGAUUGUCACAGGAAGUCGCGACCAUACCCUCCGCGUUUGGAAACUACCCCGACGAGGAGACCCUGAGUAUCGCUGCGUGAGUGCAGAUGGUGAAGAUGUAGACCCAGCCGAGGAUGAUGCCAACCGCAACCCCUAUCAUGUCAGGCUGCUGUCUGGACAUACCCAUGCUGUUCGAGCACUUGCCGCACAUGGUCGGACGCUCAUCUCCGGCAGUUAUGAUACCACCGUGAGGGUGUGGGACAUCAUCACGGGCGAGUGCAAGUGGACACUAGAUGGGCAUUCACAAAAGGUUUACAGUGUGGUACUGGACCCCCAGCGCAACCAAGCGAUGUCCGGGUCUAUGGAUGGAACUGUCCGCAUUUGGUCGCUCGCUACGGGUCAGGCGCUUCACACGCUGACCGGUCAUUCUUCCCUUGUCGGUCUGCUCGGAUUAUCUCCCACACACCUAGUCUCGGCAGCGGCGGAUUCGACGUUGCGCAUUUGGGAUCCCACUUCGGGUGUUCUCCAACACACACUCUCUGCUCACACGGGCGCGAUCACAUGCUUCCAGCACGAUGAAUUCAAGGUUUUGAGUGGAUCAGAUGGUACCUUGAAGAUGUGGGAUGUACGAGAGGGAAGCGUUGUACGCGACUUGCUUACCGGUAUCACUGGAGUAUGGCAAGUUGUAUUCGAGGGACGCUGGUGCGUCGCUGCAAGCAAUAGGCAAGAACAAACGUACCUCGAUGUAUGGGAUUUUGGGGGUGAAGACCCAGAUAACGAAAUUGAGGCGGAGGAAGGUGAUUGGAUGGAAGCGAGCGAGGACGAGAGCGAACCCGAGGACGGGGAUGAUGAUAUUGAUGUAGUAGAUGAGGGCGGCGACUUGGAGUUGGGUGAUGAAGAUGAUGAAGAGGAAGAUAUGGAUGAAGAUAUGGACCCCGCCCAAGACCCGACUCAUUAUAGACAGAGUGGGUCUUCACUGCAGCACCGUGCGCCGGGGUAUGGCUCGCAGCGUCGAUUCGCUACACUGGGCACAGGCGGCCUUGCUCCGCCAAGUAGCGUGAGUCGCGGGAUAGGGUUGGGCGUGCUUGGUAUUAGCAUGACCGGGGGUGCGGGGAGCUCAACUGCACCGCCACUUCCUAUGCCGGACCAAACACCCACACGACCCCGCAUCAACCCAAUCAUCCCGUCUCCGACUGCACUCUCUACCUCCGAGCUCCUUGCGCUGAGAAUUAUCAACCGCGGCCGUAAUAUGCUAAUGAUCGACCAGAUGCCGGAACACAACCAGACUUAUUUGCCAACUAACAGCAACAUUAACACGUGGUGGCCAACGACCCAAAACGAGGAGCACAGUUACCAUUACCAAAACCAGCUUCAUUUCGGCAUUCAGUCCCAAGCGCAACCACCAUACGUGCAAACGCCACAAUCAUGGACCAAUACUGGAUAUGGUUACCGCUAUGAUGCUGUUGGCGCUUCUGAAGAGACUCACCUCAGAGAGCAUGAGCCCAAUGCCACUCUGUAUGAAGAACCCGACCCAGUGCUCACCGACUCGCCUUUGACUGACCCUGGGUACCCGGGCGAGGAGUCCGAGCCUGAAGCUGAAGCUGAAAUCGAGGAGGCAGAGCAAAGCACCAUUACCGGAAAGCGCACCCGGCAAAGUGGCGAAGUGGGCCCCAAUAGGCCAGUAAAGCGGAGGAAGAGCGCAGACGGUGAACGGGAACCCGCUCGGCGCAGUUCGAGGGCAUGUUUGGGCUGCCGUCGAUUCAAGGUUCGAUGUAUGCCGGGACCCAGUCAACGCCCCCCGACCGAGAGCUCGCCGUGUGCGCGAUGUGCCCAAAACGGCCAUGAAUGCAACUUCAAGGAAAGUUUGCGGGGGAAAUACCCUACCAAGAAGUUUGGGCAGCUGAAGCGGCUGCAUGCACAUCUGGAAGAGACACUUCGCGUCUUGACCGAGAUCGCUGAUCAACGAGCCCAAGUCCAGUCUCGUUCCCAAUGCCGGUCUCGGUCUGAGCCAUCGUCUAUGGCAGGGCCUUCAUCUUACACAUUCUAUUAA